GCGUUGCGUUCAUUUGCGCAAUGUUGCUUACGGCCCGUUCGUUCGCACCUUAAAAUGCGAUGCUCGUUGAAUUUGUGCCUCUCUGGGUACGACUUAUUAUGCUCCAGGGGAACGGCUGCGGCCCAGUGCCAAGCAUUCCACGGCCCGGCACCAGUCCGCGGCCUGGUGGUUGGGGACCCCUGCCUUAUAGGACAUGAAAAGCCCACUGAAAAUGUCUUUCUAUAUAAAAAGACUUACUUUAAUAACUUCAGCAGCGCUCUGUAAUCCCCUCCAAAAGCAGUCAUUUUCAAGCAGCACUGUCAUGCUGAGAAAAAAAAAACACUGACUGCACACACUGAGUUUGCGGUUUUAGACAAGACCAAGACCUGUGAUUCUGUGUAGUAGUGUCUCCCAGGGAAGCAGAAUGGAUUGAGUGGCAGAGUAGAAGACCUCCCAAAUGUCCACACCCAAUAGCAUCCUUCGUAUCAUGGCGACACACCGAUUCCAACACAGAGCUACAGCACAUAAGAGAGAGUGGGAUAUCCGCCAUCUUGAAGAUGUCACUGCAUAAAUUAUGGCAGUGUGGAAAGGAGGAGAUGCUUUUCACAGAUAUAAACUUGGCAAUUAUGUGCAGGAAAGGGGUCCUCAGGGUGAAUGGUGCAUAGACUUUCCGCACCAUGCACACUACAGGGAAGAAGAAAAGCAGCCGAUUGGAGCGGCACAGUCAGGCAAUUGGUCCCGCUGCUCUGCCAGUCACAGGGCCACUGAGUACUAGAGCGAAUCCCACGGAGUUUUCUCGUAACCGGAUGUAGAGCGUUCUGUUACGCAGUGACUGACGGCAUAGCUGACCAAUCACGUUUAUUUCUAAGCUCCUAGUGCGAAGGUUCACUCAUAGACGGAAAAGGCGUGUGCUUACGCACAGUAAAGGAGCGCAGGACUGACCAAUCGUUGUUGCGACUUGGCUUCUGGUUCCCCGCCUCCUGUUUGCGAUGUUCAAUGAGCGUCGGGAGGCGGGCGGAACAUCAGUUGUCAGGGUGCUGGCGGCUGCACAGCUUUGGGGAUGAACGGAUUCAGCACGGAGGAGGAUAGCCGUGAUGGGCCGCCGGCCCAGGCUGCACCAUUCUUUGGACAGACCUGCUGCCUUAUUGAUGGCGGAGAGCGCUGUCCUCGGCCCGCUGGAAACGCGUCGUUCAGUAAGAGGGUGCAGAAGAGCAUCUCACAGAAGAAGCUCAAACUCGACAUCGAUAAGAGUGUUCGGCACCUUUACAUAUGUGACUUUCACAAAAAUUACAUCCAGAGUGUUAGGAACAAAAGAAAGCGGAAAACCAGCGAUGAUGGGGGGGAUUCUCCAGAGCACGAAACAGAUGUCCCAGAGGUGGAUCUGUUCCAGCUGCAAGUAAACACACUGCGCAGAUACAAGAGAUAUUACAAGCUACAGACUCGCCCUGGACUUAAUAAGGCCCAGCUUGCAGAGACUGUGAGUCGGCACUUUAGGAACAUUCCUGUAAAUGAGAAGGAAACAUUGGCAUAUUUCAUUUACAUGGUCAAGAGCAACAGAAGCCGUCUGGACCAGAAAUCUGAAAGCAGCAAGCAACUUGAAGCAUAGCUCAGUGCACUAUGGGAUUUGCCUUAUGGAAUUUAACCCCCAAUGAACUGUAUUGUAUAUAGAAACAGCUGAGGUAUGAGUCGUGCGUUAUGUGCCAUAGAAAAGGCCUCCCUGCUUAUUUCGGAGGUGGAAACAGUCGGAUGAAAGGCUCUCUGGAUUUUCCAGUUACAAUGCCAUGCUUUGCAUGUGGUUGGACGAUGGUGUGAUAGUGGUGUCACUGCUGCCUAAACAUUUCAUUGUGGAAUCUAGAAUCCAGUAUGCCAGCAUCUAGCAACAGAACUGCCACUGCCAAACCAACCUCAGCACAUUGAGAUCAGCAUGUUUAAUUCUCAGCAAUAAGGUGUGCUUUAGCCUGUCCAUGUGAUUGCUGCCAUCUCACUUUUUUAUAUAAUUCAUAUUUUAUUAAUGACCCAAACAUUACCUUGCACUUUUCCCUUUGUGCAUCACAUUGGUGUCAUGCUGGUGGAAAGCUGUUUAUUCAAGGCAUGAAAUUUAGAAAGAUCUCAGCCAGGGGUUCUUGCUUAUUGCACAUGUAGACCAAUCAGUAGAAGGAUUAAUCUUCAUUGCAUCCACGUUAUCAAACCUAUAGUGCAGAUGUACCCAGUGCAGUAAACUCGUAGUAACCAGACAACUUUAAUCUCUAUAGUGCGCAUGUUUGCAACCUGUGGCCUACCAGAUUUGUGCAGAGCUACAACCAGUUGCAGAUCUCUGAUCUUGGAAAAAUCAAAGGUUUGGUUACAGUGUUUUACUGUAGUGGAAGCAAUGUUACUAUAUAAGUGUUUGGGUGUAUUGGUUUCUGCCCAUCUGGACAAAUCAAAAGCUGACUGCUUACAGUAAAAAGCUCAAGAUGUAACAGAGCCUGCCCCAUUUACAGGCUUAAUUGGAUAAUUGUAUUGGACUCCCAAUUAUAGUCAGGACUGAGACUGGGUUUCCUAACCUAGUAAAAAACAAAUUGUACAUAUUUACAGCCAAACCACAGAUGUGUGUCAUAUAGUGCCUCUUGCGCAAAGGCCCACUGCAAGUCUGUUUGAGAUGCAAGGUUUAACUAGAGUUAAACAAACCACAAAGCCUCUCCCUUAAAAGAGAAGGAAAGGUACAAUCAAUGUUAGGCACCCUCUAAUGUCUGUAAUCGCUUGCAUGAAACACCAGGCUGGUGCUCUUGUUAGGAGAAAACUGCACCACCCCAGGGUACUUGCAACAUAGUAAUCCUCGUCCUUUUUCGUAGCACUUGCACAUGUGCAGUAGAGUGAAAAUCCGAACUUAAUCAGAUAAGCUGGCUUUUUUGUUCUUCCGGACUCAACUCCAGGAUUGUGAAAAAAAGUCAGGAGGAAGAGGAUCACUUUCUCGCAGGUACCCCAGGCCAGUACAGUUUUUUGCUAACAGGAGCAACGGCCUAAGUAAGUCAGUAAGUCACGGUACUAAGUAAGUCAUUGCAAUCACUGGGGGAUGCCUAACAUUUGGCACCCCCAGUGAUUGUACCUUUCCUUAUCUUUAAAGGGGAAAUAGGUGUUAUUUCCCUUUUUAUAGACCGUAAAACAUGAGUACUCCCCUUAAUUUGUUUGAAAAGAAUUUGUAUGUGCUGAUUUGGAGUGAAAGCUGCAAACUGUUUACCCUGGUAAUGGCUUUCUCUGUAGAUCAACUGACCACAAGGAAAGCUCUUAUUGCAGUCAUGGAGCAUGUGAGCUCUCAAACAGGCAGAAGAGGAAUGUUCUCAUUUUUUAUUGUACAUGGGGAAAACUAAAGGGAGACUAAACAUACCUGCAGGGUAUAUUUUAUCUUUUUCUUUAAAAGCUGUAAUAGAUCUGUUCACUCUGACACUUUAUAGAUCUAUCCCUUUUAUACAUACGUUUUUGUUCAACUUGCCAUCAAUAUAUUUUACAUUUUUUACACCUUUUUUAGUAUUUAUUGUACUAAAAUAUAGACAUUUAAGUCCUAAUUAAAGCAUCUUUGUUGGUGUGUUUA